GAAUUAGCAAUAAAUAUUUUCUAAUUUUGCAUAUAAUAACUAACAUCAAUUGAUAGUUUUGGACUGUAAAUCAGAUCUACACCUUUCCAUGCGACAGAACUUUAAACUUCAAUCAAAGCAAAUAAAGGGCAAAAGUGAAAAGUACUCGACAAAAUCUAUGGACUUUUAUGACUCCAAUGUUGGGUGCACAUGGUCAUUUUUAUUGACAUUUAAUUCUUUUUUCUUUAAAUUUAUUAGAUUUUUAGUUUCUGUAAUAUGCAAAUGUUACACUGCUCUGCUUCCCAAAUACUAGUAGAUCAUAACAUAAUAACAUGCCAACUUAUUAAGAUAGUUUGAUCCAUUUCUCUCAUAAUUAUGAAUCUAUUUUUGCCAAUAAAAUAUUGGAAAAACCCUAAAUUUUUUCUUUCAUCAAAAUCCUCAAUUUCAUAUUUACCCAACUCUACUGCAGAGAAUCUACCUGAAAAAUUUGUUUCUUUUUUGGAAACCUGUCCAGAUAUCAGUUUUCUGAAGAAACUGCAUGCUUGUGUGAUCACACAUGGCCUUGAACGCAACAUAUUUCUGGGCUCCAAGCUUUUUAAUUUACUUGCAAAAUUCAAUCUUUUGGCAGAAUCUAAAUGGGUUUUCAACAAAAUCAUUAACGACAAUCUCUCUCUCUGGAAUUCAAUUGUUGUUGGGUAUUUCAGAGCCGAUCAAUACAGUGAAGUUUUAGGGAUUUACUCGAAAUUGAGGCGGAAAAGAAUUGGGAUUCACAGUUCCUCGAUCACUUUCGCGUUGAAGAGUUGCGUUGAGUUGGGGGCUUCUAAAUUUGGCAGGAGCCUCCACGCCGACGCCGUUAGAUUCGGAUUGGGUUCUGAUCGAUUCGUGGGUUCGUCGUUAAUUGAAUUCUACACUAAAUGCGAUCGAAUUGGGGAAGCAGCUAAGGUGUUUGAUGAAAUAGCUGAGAGAGACGUGGUUGCUUAUACUUCCUUGGUAACAGGAUACUCUAAAGCUGGCGAUCAUCGCGCUAAUGAGGCGUUUCGAGUUGCAGCCGAGAUGCAGAUGAAUGGAUUAGAGCCUAACAGAGUGACAUUGGUGAGCUUACUACGUUGUGCAUCGCAGUUACGAGCUCUCAACGAGGGAAGAUCCAUUCAUGGCUAUGCAGUUAGAAGAGGAGUUGGUUGUGGAGAUGAAGUUUUCGAAACAAGCUUGAUAGAUAUGUACGUGAAAUGUGCUGAUCCCAACCCUGGCGCCAUUGUUUUUGACAAGAUGAGCAGGAAGACUACUGGUUCAAGAAACGCAUUGAUGGCUGGUUAUCUUCAGUUUGGACAGCCAUUGGAAGCCUUGGCCAUUUUUGUUGAAAUGCUUGGUGAAUCUGAUCUUGAUUUGAUUGCCUUGGCAAAUGGACUAUUGAGUUGUGCUGAUUUGGGCUAUUUGGAUAUAGGAAAGGCCAUACAUUGUCACAUAAUUCAAGAGGGAAUCGUUCUUGAUCUUGUUGCCACGACGGCCUUGAUUGAUAUGUAUUCUAAAUGCAGGAACUUGUCCGCAGCAAUGGAUGUCUUUCACAGAACAGAAGCUAAGGAUGCAGCUAUGUUGAAUGUGAUGAUUGCUGGCUAUCUUCACAAUGGAUGUGUGUAUAGAGCCAUUGAGACGUUCCGUGGGAUGUUUGCAACGCGUGUUAGACCGAAUACUGGCACCAUUAUCAGCGUUCUCUCUGCACUAUCCGAUAUGGAGGAUAUACGGACAGGGAAGUGCAUCCAUGGCUACACAUUCAGGCAAGGUUUGGAAGCAAACACAGACAUAGCAAACCAGUUCAUAAACAUGUAUGCUAAAUGCGGCCUCAUAGGAUGCGCUGGGCGAGUCUUUGGUUGGAUCAAGAUCAAGGAUCGGGUGUCAUGGACAUCGAUGAUGACAGGUCUGGUGAACCACGGCCGAGCUGAUGCAGCAAUGGCAUUGUUUCUGCUUAUGCAAAGGGAAUUUUUGCAACUUGAUGCUAUCACAUAUACAUGUUUGGUUCAGGCACUGAAUCAGCUCGGAUCUUUGAUGCUAGUGAGAGAAGUACAUGGACGUGUGUAUCGAGAAUUUUUAGAGAAAGAUACAACGUUGGUGAAUUCCCUUAUUACUACCUACUGCAAGCAGGGAAAACUCAAAGUGGGAAGCACUUUGUUUAAGCUCAUGGAUGAGAAGCAGUUGUCAUCUUGGAACACUAUGAUAGCUGCGUAUGGUAUGCACGGUGACUUUGUUCAAGCCCUCAAAUUGUUCUACCAAAUGAGACGUGAAAGCAUCGCCCCCGAUGGAGUUACAUUCAAGUCGAUACUCUCUGCCUGCAGCCACACCGGCCUUAUAGAAGAGGGCUUCCAUAUUUUCAACUCCAUGGAGAGAGUAUAUGGGAUCAUUCCAUCUGAUGAUCACUAUGGUUGUUUGGUGGAUUUGCUGUGUCGAGCCGGGAAGCUCGAGGAAGCUUACAAUGUUCUUGAACAUGCCCCAUCAAGACGCAAUGCUUCAACUCUAGGCUCUCUGCUUGCUGCUUGCAGAGUUCAUGGGAACUCCGAGAUGGGUGAAAGAGUAGGACGUUUGCUACUGGAGAUCGAGCCAGAGAACACGAGCACCUACUGCUCGUUGUCGAAUCUGUAUGCUGGAGGAGGAAGAUGGGAUGAAGUAGCCCAUAUUGGAGCUCUUGCUAAGAGAAAAGGUCUGAGAAGGAUUUCAGGAUCCAGCCUUAUUGUCUGAGCUUUAGUUUGAGUUUUGAGCCAUUUUGGAAGAAAAUUACUAAUUUUUGUUGCUGAUGUACAAACAAUGGAGUAGCAUUUUGAUCAUUGCAGAUUUCUCAUUUCAACAGGAAAA